AUGUCAGAGGCGUUACACUCCCUAAAGUUUCAAAUGGCCAAAACGAAAACGAUAAUUAGUCGACAAUUGGAAAAAAGGAGGGAGGCUAAGAAAAUGAGUAUGAGACGAGCUAGAGAAAAAAUAAGAGAUGAUCCGGUCCGUCACGCUGAGGAAGAUAGAGAUCGUAAAAGAAACAGCCGGCGAAAUAUUCAAGACUGAGUGAGAGAGAGCAUGAGUUCGAAAAGAUUGGAAGGAACGCUCCAGACGCUAUAGACAACGGAAAAAAGCUGAAGAAAAGCUCAAGAGGAUGAAACCAUUUUCCUCCAAUCAAAUACACCACCGGAUAGC